AUGAUUCAACCGUGGGAUUAUGCUUCAAUCGAAGCCGCCGAGUCUCUCCUCCAACAAUCAUCCUUUGAACCCUUCCAACUACAGAACCUCAUCAAUGGCGCCCAAACACCCUCCACCAGCAACGAAUGGCUAGACUCUUCCAACCCGAAAACUGGGCAGAUAUUCGCUCGCGUCCCAAAUAGCUCAGCCCAGGACAUCGAAAACGCAGUUCAAGCAGCGGAGUCUGCCUUUGCAUCCUGGUCGCAGACUCCCCCGUCGAAGCGCGCCGCCCACCUGAAUCGCAUCGCGACGCUGAUCGAAGAACGCCGUGGACUCUUCGCUGUAUGGGAGAGUAUCGACCAAGGGAAGACUCUUGCGCGGGCAAGGGUGGAGAUUGACCGCGCGAUUUCUAACUUCAGGUACUUCGCGGCAUACAUCCAAGAACAAAAGACCGCUGCACGCUGGACGGACGAUAAUGUGCUGACAUACGAGCACCGCUCGCCGAUUGGCGUGUUCGCACUCAUCUCGCCGUGGAAUAUGCCGUUGUACCUGUUGACCUGGAAGAUCGCGCCGUGUCUGGCCUUUGGGUGUACGGCUGUUGCGAAGCCGAGCGAGGUUACUAGCCUUUCUGCGUAUUGUAAGUUCUCUGUCGCGAUUUUGGGGUAUCGCUCACUGGGUAGUACUUGGGAAGGUUAUUAUAGAUGCUGGACUCCCGCCCGGUGUUCUGAAUCUCGUCUAUGGGGCGGUAACCUAACCGGAUCGGCUUUGGUCAGGCAUCCCCGUGUCAGGGGUGUUUCGUUCACCGGUGGGACAGCGACGGGCAUUCAGAUCCGGAGGGAUACCAUUGAGGAUAUAGGGAAGCAUGUCUCGCUUGAACUAGGCGGGAAGAACCCUACGUUGGUCUUCGAGGAUGUUGAUCUUGAUGCUGCUGUUGCAACAGCCGCAAGGGCUGCAUUCGAGAAUCAGGGAGAGAUCUGCCUAUGUGGCUCAAGAAUCUACGUCCAAAGAUCCAUCUACGACGCUUUCCUAUCCCGCUUCGUCGCCCAUGUCCAGGAGCACUACGUCCUCGGGAGGACCGUCGGCGCCGUCGUCUCCCUCGCCCAUUACCGCAAGAUCCGGUCGUAUCUCUCCCUAGCCACACAGUACCCAGACAGCUUCAAGCUCGGCUCGGUGCCCCCGGAAACGCCUGACGGAGGCUACUGGAUCGAACCAACCAUCCUGACUGUUCCGGACGACAGCCCAAUCAUGAAGGACGAGAUAUUCGGCCCAGUGGUGACCGUCAGCUCGUUCGAUACCGAGGAAGAGGUAAUCGCGCGCGCCAACGAUAGCCAGUACGGACUAUCUAGUAUCCUUCUCACGCGAGACGGAGCUCGCAUGCGCCGGGUGGGCGAGCGGCUGGACGCAGGAAUGGUGUGGGUGAAUUGCUGGCUGGUACGCGAACUGGGCACGCCGUUCGGCGGGAUGAAGGCGUCGGGUACAGGACGGGAGGGAGGCGACUAUAGCCGGGAUGUAUUUACUAAUGUGCGGACGUUGCAUAUCCCUUCCGUCUAG